AUGGCUUCUUCCAGAGCAGAAAUCCUCAAUGACGGAGGGCUGAGGCAAGACGCUAGACGCCCCUAUGAACUCCGCUCAACUUCCUUCCAACUUUCACCACACACUUCUUCAGAUGGCUCAGCCACGGCUCAACAAGGCCUCACCACCGUAGUAGUAUCAGUAUUUGGGCCGAGAGAACCAAAAAAUAGGGGUUUGGCGAGCCACGAUCGGGCCGUGGUCAGUGUCGAGGUGGGUACCGUACCAUGGGCUGCUGGCGGAGGUGCCAGACGGACAAGAGGGGACAAGCGACUUUUGGAGAUCGGGGCGGCGAUAAGACAAACAUUUGAGCCUGUCAUCUUGACACAUCUGUAUCCGCGCAGUGAAAUCUCGAUACAUGUUCAAGUCCUAGCUGCCGAUGGAGGCAUCCUGCCCACAGCCAUCAAUGCCACCACCCUCGCCCUCAUCGAUGCGGGUAUAUCUCUGCUCGACUACGUGACCUCUAUCUCCAUCGGCCUUCACCUUCUCCAACCCCUCCUGGACCUCUCACAACCCGAAGAGUCUGACCUUCCUGCCCUUGUUAUUGCUUCCCUACCGUCAUCGGGCAAGAUUACUCUGGCGCAGAUGGAAACGAGAUUACAUGUGGAUAGGUUUGAGGAGAUGGUGACACUGGGGGUGGAGGCGUGUGGCGUUCUCAAAGAGGAGAUGGAAGCGGUUGUCAAGAAGAGGACAGAGAAGGUCGUGGAGAGAAUGGACGUUAGGGUCGUUGGAGAAGCGACUGGAGGAAUCGCCAUAGAUGACUAA